GGGGAAAGUUCCCCCUCUCUCGACCCAUCUCAUCGUCAGGCUGGCUGGUGCAGCCAUGGCGUUCACCUUCGCGGCCUUCUGCUACAUGCUCACCUUAGUGCUGUGUGCUGCACUCAUCUUCUUCGUCAUCUGGCAGGUGAGUUGAGCUCAUACACACUCACUCACCUAAACCAUGUUUUUAGACUCUAUGUGAUGGUGGUAUUCACCUAAGCCAUGUUUUUAGACUCUAGGUGAUGGUGGUUCUCACCUAAACCAUGUUUUUAGACUCUGGGGGAUGGUGGUCCUCACCUAAACCAUGUUUAUAGACUCUGGGGGAUGGUGGUUCUCACCUAAACCAUGUUUUUAGACUCUGGGGGAUGGUGGUUCAGCAAUAUUCUCGUGUGCAUUGUGACUCAUACCUUAUAUAAAGAAUUGGUUGGUCUGUAACCAAGGCGAAAUACUCUAAGAAAUACCUAUAAUUCCAGGUGAUGACUAAUAGUAGUAUGAGACAAUACAAUAAGUGUAGUGUAGCCAUUGGUUGGUGUGAAUGUGUGUCCAAGUGCCCAUGUGUGGCUCAUUAUUUGUGUUAUUUAUAUCAGUACUGUAAGUCUCUGUGUGUGUGUGUGCGUGUGUGUGUGUGUGACACCCAAAACUGGAAGUCUAUUAUUAAAAUGAGCUAGUCAAAGCUAGUCAUAAAGUGUCUUAAUAGGGCGUUGGGCCACCACGGGCACCAGAACAACUUCAAUGCGCCUUGUCAUAGAUUCUACAAGUGUUCUGUUAAUGCUGGUGGAAAACGCUGUCUCAGGCUCCGCUCCAGAAACUCCCAUAAGUGUUCAAUUGAGUUGAGAUCUGGUGACACACACACACACACACACACACACACACACACACACACACACACACACACACACACACACACACACACACACACACACACACACACACACACAACCUUUAAACCCCCUAUGGUCUUGUGAGACCACUCUUUCAAAGUCACUGAGAUCUCUUCUAGCCAUGGUAGCCAAAAUAAUGGGCAACUGGGCAUUUUUAUACACUGGGCAUUUAAAAAAAAAAAUCAGGAACCACACCUUUGUGGAAGCACCUGCUUUCAAUAUACUUUGUAUCCCUCAUUUACUCAAGUGUUUCCUUUAUUUUGGCAGUUACCUGUAUAUUUGUGUACCAGCUUACUGACUGCAGAAUGAUGAAUGGAAUUUGUAUAGGCAUCACUGGAGACCUCUGCACAAUCAGUAUGCUACAAUAGCCAGAGCCCAUCUCUCUCAGCUAUAGCCUUCUGUCUAGGGCAGGGAUAUGCAACCCUGUUCCUGGAGUGGCGUAGGUACUGCAGGAUUUUGUCCCUACAAGGCACCCCAUCUGACCAACUGAGCUAAUUGAUCAGUUCAGUGAUUGCCUAAAUUCAACACACCUGGUCUUCCAGGUUGGUUAAAUCAAAAACAUGAAGUGCUAGCGUCUCUCCAGGGCCAGGGUUGCUUACCUCCCUAGAUGGAGACAUUGUUCAUUUGAAAUUCAACACAGCAUUUUCAGACCAUUACAAUAGACUGUCUUGAAAGAACUAAUGAAUUGACUAGUGGGUGAGACUGCACUGCAUGUGAGUCAGUCAAUGUGUGAGUAUGUGUCUGUGUUUGUGAGAGAGAUGGGGGAGGGAAAGAGUCUGAGUGUGUUUGUGUCUGUGUGUGUGUGUGUGUGUGUGUGUGUGUGUGAGUGAGUGUGUGUGUGUGUGUGAGUGAAGAGAAGGUGAAAAGGGGGAGAGAGUGUGUGUGUAUGUGUCAGCAACGAACCAUGUUAUUGAGACUGCUUAUCAAAUUAUAAUUUUGUUCCACCCCUUCCCCCCCAUCUGCCUCCAUCCAUGGUUCGCGCCCCCCAUCUCUGUGUGGCUCUCAACCAAUGACACGGCUUGUUCAUUUUUAUAGUAACCAUGGUGCUUGCUAAGGGGCUCAUCGGAUCACCAUGGAAACUGCAUCUGUUUACAACAGAGAAGAGCAUGAAACGGAGAAGGGGGAGUGACAUAGAUCGAUAAGGGGGAAAGAGAAAGGUAUUGUUGAGAGUAAAAGACAGAUGUGGAGAGGGAGAUUGGUCUCUGAAAGGGAAAGAUGGAUGUCACAGGGAGAGAAGAAUGUUGAGAGGCGGAGAGGGAUGCUUAGAUGGAGAUCUCAGAGAGAGAGAGAGCGAGAAAGAGUCAGAGUAUGCGAAAGGUGCAAAAGGAUGAUUGGAGGUAUGGGGAUGGAAAACUGAAGACGAUUAGAAAUAUUGAGAAAAAAAAUAGGCUAAAAGGGAUGUGAUUGGAUUGAAUGAGAAUAACACAGUGAAAGAACACACCAUUACAUUCAACAUUUAGAUAUAUCCAGUGGCAGAAAGUUUACCCAUAUACACUGUACAUGUCUUUUUAGAUUAUUGCGUUUGACGAGCUGCGCACAGACUUCAAGAACCCAAUCGAUCAGAGCAACCCCACCAGAGCGGUAAGGCCCCCUGCCUUAUGAGAGGGAGUGGAGUUCUGUGAAGUGUGACCCAGUGUCCACCUACAGUCGCUGCCACUCAGCUGUGAAGAGCAGAGCACUGUAGACAGACAGGCACACAUAGACCAUGGACACUUAUUCAAAUAGAAAAUGUGUGUUUAUUUUGAAUGCUUUAUUUAUCAUGUUUGAUCUAAAGCAUUUACUCAAUGUAACGUACCUUCUAUUUUGCCAAUUAUAUUUUGCUAUACUGUACACAAGAACAUUCUCAAACAGAGCCAAAACGAAGGAAGUGUGAAUAUUACUUUUGUGAGGGUGUUUGGCAAAACUAUUAUCUAGAUAUAUGACUCUCCUUUCUCUAUUCACUUUUCAGAGGGAAAGAAUUCUGAAUAUUGAAAGAAUCUGCAACUUGCUGCGGAAGGUGAAUGAGUGGCUCCCAGCCGAUGCACGCACGCACAUCUUCCCCUCCUUCCCGUAGCCCACCUCCUCAUUCUCUCCUCUCGCUCACUCUCUCUCACACCCACACACACACACACACACACCAGCCUGGUCUCAUAGACUAGACGUAACAUAGUAAAUGUAAAUCCGGGACACUCAAAUUAGUAUGAUAUGUUGCAUUUGGCAUGGUCAGUGGUGUAUAGAUACCUUAAUAGAAAGUCAGCCGGUAAAAUACUACUUGAGUAAAAGUCUAAAAGUAUUUGGUUUUAAAUAUACUUAAGUAUCAAAAGUAAAUGUAAUUGCUAAAAUAUACUUAAGUAUCGAAAGUAAAAGUAGAAAUCAUUUAAAAUGCCUUAUAUUAAGCAAAGCAGACAGCACCAUUUUCUUGUUUUUAAAAUGUAUGGAUAGCCAGAGGCACACUCCCACACUCAGACAUUAUUUACAAAAGAUGCAUUUGUGUUUAGUGAGUCCUCCAGGCCAGAGACCGUAGGGAUGACCACGUGUUCUCUUGAUAUGUGCUUGAAUUUGACAAUUUCCUGUCCUGCUAAGCAUUCAAAAUGUAACAAGUAAUUUUUGUUGUCAGGGAAAAUGUAUGAAGUAAAAAGUACAAUAUUUUCUUUAGGAAUAUAGUGAAGUAAAAAGUAGUUAAAAAUAUAAAUAGUAAAGUAAAGUACAGAUACCCAAAGAAACUACUUAAGUAGUACUUUAACGUAUUUUUACUUAAGUACUUUACAACACUGGGUAUGGUUACAUAAGACAGAUGGUUACUUAUAACGUGAACGUAUAACGCGAACGUCUAGCACUAAGGAACCCGAACGUCUAACAACCCAAAAAUUGCGAGUUCAAAUCUCAUCAUGACAGUGGAGGCUGCUGAGGGGAAGACGGCUCAUAAUAAUAGCUGGAAUGGAGCAAAUGGAAUGGCCUCAAACACAUGGAAACCAACUGUAGUAUUUUAGCUAAUUAGCAACUUUUUAACUACUUACUACUUUUUAGCUACUUUGCAAUUACUUAGCUUGUUAGCUAACCCUUCACCUAACCAUAACCCAACUUUAACCUUUUUAGCUAACCCUUCCCCUUCCCCUAACCUUCCCCUUUAACCUAACUCCUAAACUUAACCUUAACCCUAACCCCUAACCCUAACACCUAGCCUAGCUUACGUUCCAGUGUUAAUGGACAAGCUGUAGAGCCAAUGAGGGAAGAUUGAAGGAGGGAACACCUGCAGGCCUGCAUGCUUUUACGAAAAUCAUAACUAAACUCUACCACUUCCAUUCAUAUGAAAAUUGCAGCUUUUUCAAAGCAUUUUGUCCUGAAGUGUUUAUGAUAAUGACAGAGUUUGCAUUUGUAUGGCCAUGUGCACCCUAACGGUCUUUAUUAUUCCUAGCUGGUGGUGCCAGAAUACUCCAUCCAUGGGCUGUUCUGCCUGAUGUUCAUGUGUGCUGGAGAGUGGGUCACCCUGGGCCUAAACAUCCCCCUGCUCUUCUACCAUCUCUGGAGGUUCACAACACAACACGACACAACAACUCCCAGCACUCUAUCACAUGAUGCUUUUUAGUUGUAUCUGUUGUAAGAAUGCGCUCUCUCGUCAGGUUUUUCCAUCGGCCAGCAGACGGGUCAGAGGUCAUGUAUGAUCCUGUCAGUGUGAUGAAUGCUGACAUCCUGAACUACUGUCAGAAGGAGUCUUGGUGUAAGAUGGGCUUCUACCUGCUCUCCUUCUUCUACUACCUGUACAGGUGAGGUCCUAUUAAUGAAGCCAUCUCUCAUCAGUCAAGCCGCUUCAUUGGUGAAUGUUGAUCUGUAUGAAUGGGAGCCUCCUCUUCUUGCUGCACAAUAACUGCUGUCAGUUGUUAUUGCUUGGCAAUAUCCCAUUCCUUCUAACACCGUUGUCCUUCUCUUCUGUUUUCUGCCUCUCUCUGUCCUUGACAGUAUGGUCUAUGCCUUGGUGAGUUUCUAAACACUGAAUAGAAGACAAAGAGGAGAUUGAAAGACAGAAAAAGAGAAAGAGCAAGACUAAGACUGGGUGAUGUCACUCAACCCUCUUUCUCACCACCCAUUACUCCAUCACAGACCAUGUGUUGCUCUCCUCAAAUCUUUGGAAGACAUUGUGAGGAAAUAAGGCAAAGCAAAGAGAUGUUGUUGAGCCUGUUCAAGACUGCCAUCCAUAUAGAAGAGGAGGAGCAGACAUAUAGGAGCCACAAAAGAGGAGGAAGUGUACGUGUUGCCUUGAUCUGAGCACAUCACCUCUUAGGACCUGCAGGUCUCCUAUUCUUGGUGAUACAGUCACUCAACUGUGAAUUUAUAAACUUUGUGUUGCCUAAGUCCUAACAUAGAUGUUGCAGAUUCAUACGUCAAUAUCCUUCCAUUCCAAUAAACCUUUUUAGAAAGGAAACGACAAAAUGCACAACACGUAUUUAGUUCUUCUACCGAUUUGGUAUUUCGAUAAUUCAGUAGUUGUGGUAGAUAAUUUUCUGAGGAUAUGAAUAGUUAGUUGUUUAGUCAGAUAAAUACACCAUUCAAUUCUACUAUUUCGAACCAGAGUGAUAGUAAUUGUGUUAUUCACAAAUAUAAAAUGUAUGAACUCAUAAAUUACUUGCGAUGGGCAUAAGCUUCUGCGAAGGAUCGCGGAUACCCUGGAGCAGUGUUUUAGUCUAGGUCCAUCCCAGUCAAGGCAGUAUCUUUCAGACCCCAGUCUCUGCCCAGGGAAAACAGGCGCAUUUCAUUCCAACUGAAAAUUAUUCCGGCUUGAAGGGGAUGUUUUGGCUCUGGGUGAAUUGGUACUUGGGUGUUUAAGUAUUCUGUGUUUGUCUGUUCUGUUCUAGGCUGGAAGGGCUGAUUUCACCUAGACUUUCCAAAGAGCUCUGUGCUCCGUGAUUCUAGAUCAUAGAAAACUCAUUCAAGAAAAGCAAUUUAAAUUCACAACAACAGCAAUGUGAUCAUAGUCUAGGAGAGAUUACUGUACAUGGGAUCGUAUUUCCUCUGUGGAAUAAUACUGUGUGUGACACAAGUAGCAGACGAGGCUGCUGAAGAUGAUGUUGAUAGAUAGGUUUGCUAUGAUGACUAUGUCAAGCGCAGUAAACCGUCUCACAUUGAACAGUAUGGUGGGACUUACAUAACUGUUCUCACCCAAGUGUUACAGUGAAUGUUGGCAGACACUUGACUCUUGGUUCAUUUCAAAGCCGUGACUUAGCUAGUGCUGCCCUCAUCAUCAUGUAUCCAUAGCUCUAUGUGUAGAUCAUUGAUAAUGAUCUAACUGUGUGAUUUUAAAAUUAUUAGAGAAAUGGGUAAUACUGGAACUUUAAAAAUACUGUGUGAUAAUUUGUUUACCAUAAACUCACCAUAAUUGUAGUAAUUAAUUGUUUACGACAAGUCUGAUAGGGUUCAUGUUGACAUCUGAACACACAUAGCGCCCUGCAUUAUAAUGGAGUAAUGUGUCAAUAUUGUUCAGCUAGGUUUCUUGUGCCAAAACACAUACAGUAUGUUUGUUCAUCAUGACAGUUCCCUCCUAAACAGGACAACAACCCCUCAACCCUGACAACAUUGUUAGUCAAUCACAGACAAUCGCUAAAGCACAAAACGGGGGGUCACAGAGGAGGGGAAAUAUAGGCUAGGUUGACCAUCAAUGAAUGUCAUAAUGCAGUUUACCAGAAUGAAUGAAUGAAUAUAUAUUGAAGAAUAACUAUUUGAUACUGUCUUCUAGACAUCUCUCAUCACUGUAUGCUAUAUUUGUUGGUGCGUUAGUUUGUAUUCAUUAGAAUACAAUAUGAUAUACAGUACAGAAACAGCAAUUCACAUAUUCUAAUAAAAUAGCAAUGUG